GGUUAAAGCAAUAAUAUUAGAGCAUUCUCAACUACUCUCUCUCUCUCUCUCUCUGGUGUGUGUGUGUGUGUGUGUGUGUUUUGUAGUGCAAAAAGUUAACUACAUAAAGUUCAUAGCAAUCAUUUAGCAAACAAAGAUGAAAUAUAAGGGAGAUGAAUUGAGUGAAGAACAGAUUGCUGAGUUUCAGGAAGCUUUUUGCUUGCUUGACAAAGAUGGAGAUGGUUGCAUCACCAUUGAAGAAUUGGCCACAGCAAUUAAAUCCAUUGAUCAAAUUCCAACAGAAGAAGAAUUGCAGAGCAUGAUCAGUGAAGUUGAUGUCAAUGGUAAUGGAACUAUCGAAUUUGGGGAGUUCUUGCAUCUCAUGGCCACGAAGAUGAAGGAAAGUGAAGCAGUAGAGGAACUAAAAGAAGCCUUUAAAGUAUUUGACAAGGAUCAAGAUGGCUACAUAUCACCCAAUGAGUUGAGAAAUGUAAUGUUUAACUUAGGAGAGAGGCUGACUGAUGAAGAGGUGGAGCAGAUGAUUAGAGAUGCUGAUUUGGAUGGUGAUGGUCUAAUUGAUUACAAGGAAUUUGUUAGAAUGAUGUUGGCUGCAUGACAAGUUCACCUUUUAAAGAUGUGUAAAACAAAAGUAAAGCAAAAAAAAAAAUUUGCUACUUAUCAUCAUUUUUUUUUACUGUUUUAUAUCACUGAAUUUUAUAACAAAAUAUUAUUUUGCAUCAUGCUUUUAAUGAAAUAAUUGACCCAAAAUUCACAAGGAUUCAUCGUGAAGCAAUGAACUCUAAUUUC